AUGCAAAAGAUAUUACGAGCAGAUGAAAUUACCAAGAUACAAGUGCUUGGAAAAGGCAAGAGGAAGAGGAUAGAAAUGAUAUUCUCAGAAAGUGAGGACAGUGACCUGGAUAAAGAACAGAGAGAACCAUAUCCAGGGAACAACUUUCUGUACAGUGAAAGUAGCAGUGAUGAUGAGGAGCCUUUAUUUCAACUGUCCAAGGUAGAACUGUGUGCCAAAAUCAAAAGCCUCAAGAGGAAGCUGACAGACACCAUGAGAGAAAACUGCCGCCUCAGGCAAUCCCUGGUGAUGCUUCAAGUGUUGCCCCAGGCAGUCACUCAUUUCGAGGAACUGAUAGGGAUGGCUGAAGCACUGCUCAAAGGGGGAGUGACAUCGUCUAUGCCCACUCUGCACCCACAUGCUGUUUGGAAGGCUCCUCACAAUCCCUCAGCAGACUCCUAUGCAGCUGUGCACAGCAACUCCAGCUCACCAGUAACAUUGAAUGUGGAAGAUGAGGAGCAACAGGCUGAAAAACAGUUCAAGAUCGAAAAGUGGCAGAUUGCACUUUGCAACAAGAGCAAACCUCAGAAAUUUAUAAAUGACUUGAUGCAAGCACUUUAUACACAUGAAUACAUGGCUACACACAGCCUGACAGGUGCAAAGUCCUCCUCUUCAAAGGACAAAGCGGCAAAACCAGCCAUGAAUCAGAAUGAAGUCCAGGAAAUCAUAGGAAUCACCAAACAGUUGUUUCCAAACACAGAUGAUGCUUUAAUUAGGCGAAUGAUGGGACAGAAACUGAACAAUUGCACCAAGAAGCCAAUUUUAAGCAAAGAUCUUAACUCAGGUGCUUUUCAGAAACAUAGCUUUUGUGGUUCAACAGCUGCUUCUCAGGGCAUCAUCUCUUCGGCUGUUCCUCCCAGUACACAAGACCAGCAGGAUGAUGAUUCACCAGCUGCUAAUGCACAACUACAGCAAAGUGACAGCUGCCUGACUCCCUCACCUCCCAGCCCAGAAGGUCAGCAGGAGUGUCUCAAGCCCAGUUCUUCUAAGGUGGAGUCUCAGCUCACCAGCAGCUCACCAGCACCCUCUCCCAACCAGGGCUGCAGACAGGAUCUCAGGAAUUCAGACAAGGAAUAA